GUCAUUAUUGUCAAUCUUCAAAGGAAAGUCUAGGCUUAAGUAUUUAUUUCUUGUCAAUUACAAUUUAUUUAGUAUUUAAAAGAGCUUAAUUGCCUUGAAUUCUGUUUUAUUUUCUUUUGUAGUAAUCUUUCUAUGUAAUUACCUAACUUUCUAUUCAUUAUUUGAAACUAUUUUUCUAAGGUAUUAAAUCUUAUCUAUUUUAGCAACUAAAAGGCAUGAUUUUUAAUUUAUAUUUUUUUGUAUUUAUUUCAUAUAUUUUGCAUAAUAUUUGUGUACUAGCUGAACAAUUCCCACGAUCUGAAAAAAAUGGGCAAGAAUUACUUCUUUGCCGUAAAUGCGGCGCUGACGUGGCAGACUCUUAUUACUUGUUCAGCAAACCAAGUCCAGGGGCUAGGAAAACAGAAAAACAAAAUUUAUUUGGACAACAGAAUGUAACUGUACAAACCUUAGUUAAUCCAUUUGGUAUCAAGUUUGAAGUAGUCACAGCAGAAAAAGCAAGAUGUGAUAAUAUAGGACCUAAUCAGGGAGCAGACUCAUGGUUUCCUGGGUACAGCUGGAGGAUAUGUGCAUGCCCACAUUGUGGUCAGCAUCUUGGCUGGACAUUUGAAAAAACAGACAGUAUUGUAGAGAAACAAUCUAGUGAAAAUAUAAAAACUUUUCAUGGACUGAUUUUGAGGAAUAUUCUUGGUGAAAACUUUACUGACUCUCUUAUAAUGAUGCCGAAAAUGUAUAAAAUGUAAUAUUAAUGUCACAACUUGUGAUUAAAGAGUAUCUUGUAAGUAUUGUAAAUGAUUGUUAUCUUUUAUACAUUAAUGGGUUUUUAAUGUAUUUGAAAUUGUAAAACAUUGUAAGACUAAUAUUAAACAAAUAUUUAUGAAUCAAAUAUUUUAUUUUCUUACUUUUCUGUAUAACAAAAUACCGCAGUAUACUUGGGAUCAGUUUCAGCAACCACAAAAAAAUAAAAAAAAAUUGUCAAACAAAAUAAAUUGAAAACUAAAACUAACAUUGACAUGUCUUAAAAUAAUCUUAUAACUAGUAGUUAGAAAAUAGACAAAGAUCUUAUAAUACUUGCAACCUGUCAUAUUCAAUAAACUUUAUUUCUACUUAUAGGCAGCUGUUUAUUGCAUUUAGUUGACAAUAUAUUAAUUUUGAGAAGCUACAAUAAAACAACUAAGAGACAAAACUGCAAGGUUAUUGGGAAGGCAAUGUCAAAAGCUAUAAAAUGUUCUCAUUCUCACUAAUUGCAAUUAUGUGGACAUAAUAUACUACAGUGGUAUUAUUAUGCCUGAAUGUCCAGUCUUUAUUAUGAUUUUCAAUAUUUGGUUUGAUUGUUGGUGUCUUUUUUGUCCAUUUUGUGUGCAUUGAUAUGCUAAAAUAUCCUAUAAAUGGCUAAAACAGGGGCUUUGAUUACAUGUCUGCACAGCUGGCUGCAUGGGAUUUUAGAUUAUAGUCUAGCUUGAGCUGCCUACCUCUGGGUACACCAUGAUGACAUUACCUUCUGAGCAGGUUUUUUUUAUGAUAUUGAACUACUUUUUAACAUAUCUUAUAUCUCACAAUUGAAAACACUCCUGAUACAAUUAUUUAUGCAACAUCUGUUUUGAAAUUGACAUUCUUAUAUUACUAUUAUUAUAUCUUUUAGAUAAUUUUCUUUCAAUGAGUCAGGUUUUAGAAACAUUUCGCUAAAAAUAGAAUUGGAAUAUGGCAUGAAAAUUUGCAUUUAUAUUACACCUAAUAUUAUUGAGAGGUAGACAUACUUGCAAUAUGAAUAACAGUAACAUUUCUUUUAGCUAGAACUUUUAACAAAGUUUUCUUUGUUAUUUCUUAAAAUAUAAAAAAAAUCACAAACAUUUUUUUAGAAACUAGUUCUGUAUAUCCAUAAUUAUGGAAAUUCAGCAAAGAAUUUGCUGAAAUAUCAGCUGUUUUUAAUAUACAAAAAGAAAGAAAACAUUUUUAAGCAACUGUUUACUUCCAGGAUUUGUAAUGAAAUUCAGCUUAAGUUAGAAAGUAAUUAGUUUUUUUAAUUCAAUUAGCUUAAUGAUAAGAAUCACAAUUUAUGUUAAACUAAUUUAUGUACUAGCAAAUCUCUGGUGUAGUGACUGUCCAGUGGCAGCUGGUGUUGGAGAGAAAUUGAUACCAGUUGGAGCCUCACUAUUUGCAGUGGUUCCAUAUGUUUUACCUUGAAUAACAGCUAUCUCUUUUUGUAGUUUAGCAUUUAGGACUUGCUUGUUCACAAACUUCCUACCAACACCACGAUUACCACCACGGCCUCUGCCUCGUGAGCGGAUAGAGCCUCUACUAGUGUUUGACCUGAUAGAACGAUUGGACCUACUAGAUCUGUUCGAUCUAUUGGAACCCAUAGACUUCACACUGCCAGGACCUCGUCUUGUAUUGUAACCACCAAACUGAUUAUUUAACUGUGCCAAACUCUGUUUAUUUAAAUAGCCAGCAUUACCAACACUGUUACGACGUUUCUUAGCAAAAUCAUUAGCAACACUUACAGUCAGUUGGGAAGGUGAACUGAAAGAAUUAUUUCUUGAGCGUGUGAAAGUUUGUGAUUUUAUAAUAUUAUUUCUGAGUAACAUAUUUUGUCGCUCUUUUAAUAUUUGAUCUGAUCUUAAGCCUAUUGCACUGUAUCUGUUAGCAGUACUCAAACCUCGUCCCCGUUUGGAUAUUCCUCUUUUGGCCACAGCAAGAGGACGCCGGAUGUUAUUCAUUCCUCUCCGUGUUGUCAUACCAAGUCUACUAUGGACAUUGCUUUGAAGAUUAGGAUUUGAAUUAGUACGCGAGAGUCUUCCUCGCAUGCCCCCUAGAAAAAUUGAAUUUGAAAACUAUUAGCAAUAUUUUAAUAAAUUUCCAACAAAUAGUGUUCAGUCUGUGCAAAACGAAACUCAGAACAUCAAGAGAAGAAAAAUAUGUAUUUAUAUUAUCAUACCUCUGUUCAUCCGAUUGCCCCUCAUAAGUUGCGGCAUGACAGACUGUUCUUCUAAACCCGCUCGCCCCUUAGGGGUCAGGCCUCUUAAUUGAGAGCGAGAUCUAGAAGCGGAUCGGGCGCGAGAAUUUGAACGACGUUGCCGUGAGCGAGAGCGGUUGCGAGAUUGCGAACGGGAUCGUGAUUGCGACCUGGCGCCACCGGGACCACGAGAACGGGAACGUCCACGUCUAGAUCCGGCCGCUGAAUUCGGUCUAGUCUGUGACCUAGCACGCGCGGGCCCUCCACGCCCACGACCUCUACCACCACGGCCUCUGCCACCGCCACGACCACGAACAUUCCCGCUACCACCGCCACCUCUUCCUCGUGAUCUACUAGUUCUGUUUUGUUUUAUAAUU